AUGAAUACGGACAUUGCGCUGCGAGCCUUGGUGACAACUAAAGAGGCUGGUGUCAUUAUCGGCAAGUCUGGAAAGAACGUCAACGAGAUCCGCGAGCAGUCAGGAGCCAAGUUGAGCAUAUCGGAAAUCAUCCCUGGAGCUUCGGAGCGGAUUCUGACUGUCAAGGGACGCCUGGACACAGUCGCCAAGGCGUACGCGCUCGUCGGACAUAAAAUGGUCGCGGAACAAGGUGGCACUGAUGUUGCCCCAGAGACCGAGUCAGCCUCGAUCUCCAUGCUUGUCCCACAUCAUCUCAUGGGAUUCGUGAUCGGAAAAGGCGGAGCCAAGAUCAAAGAGAUUCAGGAAGCCUCAGGAGCGCGCGCCAAGGCAUCGGAAGAGAUGUUGCCCGGAUCGACAGAACGCACGCUUUUAAUCACGGGUGUACCCGACGCGAUCCAUAUUGCGGUCUAUCAUGUGGGUCAGAUCCUGCAAGAGAAAGGCAACGAGACCGAAAGCCGUGGUCGGAGCGUACAGACGGUCCUGUAUAGACCCAUGCGCCGGAAUGAUUAUGGUGGAUACCCGCCAGCGAUUGGUGGCAGUAGCAGUAGCAGUGGCAGCAUGCAUGGGCUUUAUGGACUGGACUAUGCACCAACCUCUGCGGGCGGUGGUGGCGCUGUGACCCAGGCGCAGCAGAUCUUUAUUCCGAAUGAUAUGGUCGGCACGGUGAUUGGGAAGAAUGGAAGUAAGAUCCAGGAGAUUCGACAGAUCUCUGGAUCGCAUAUUAAGAUUGCAGACUCCCACCAGGGUUCAGGAAACGAGCGGUUGGUGACGAUUACGGGAACACCAGAGUCGAACCAGAUGGCUGUCUAUUUGUUAUAUUCGCGCUUGGAGAGCGAGAAGACAAGACUGCAAUAG